CUGUGAUAAUGUACGAACCGAGAGUUAUAAAGAAAGAAAAGAUUGUUUCUCUUGCAGGUACACUGGGUGGUAGAGCGAAAGUUAUCAUAAAUGUUACGGUGAUCACCGCGAGCGCUGUAUUACUUUAUUUAUGGAGUAAAAAUGUUAUAAGGAAAGAGAGACUUGUUAAAGAAUUUGAGGGAAUGCCUGAUCUAAAUCCAUUCGAUGCUUUUAAUAGGAGCAUACUAUUGUUAAACGAAAACAAUUCUAAUUAUCUUGUUGGAAAUUUGUACAGAAAGAUUCAUGUACCAUAAUCAACAGGAAACUCUUCAACAAUGAACUAAGAAAUAUCUAUGGCAAAAAAAUUAAUUUGCUUAUGUACUCUGUUGUUUUGUUUAAUAAUUAUUCAAUUUUUGAGGUAGUCUUGAUUUAUAAAAUUUAUAUGGUGGAACGUAGAUUAUAUUUAAAGAGGAUCGAUGUAGAAAAGUAUGAUUGUGGAAACACAUCUAAGGAAUUAUUAAAAUUUAAUAUAAAGCAUUCCUUGUAUGAAGGUAAUAUGGACGAAGAAUUACAAAAUAGUAAUGUUUCGUGUAACAAAUUGCUUCUAACUGAGGACGAUAGUAUAUUAGAUUUUAAAAGUCCAAAAUCAAAAAUUAUUAAACCAACAUUAAGUGAAUGUACCAAGUUUAAUAUUUUGAAACAGAAAAGAAAAACAACCACAAAAUUGAAGAAUGUUGGCAAAAAUCAUAAAGAAAUAAAGCUUAAGCAACAUUCAGAGAAAAGAAAACAGUUACAAGAAUCUCAACUUUCUAUAGAAUCAUCUUUCUUUAAAUCUAAAAUUGAUUGUGAUAAUAAAGAUUCGACUACCGAUGUAAAAGUGGCUUUUGUAUGUCCUUUAUGUUUUAAAACAUUCAAAGAUAUAAACUCUCAGGUAUUACAUAUGAAAAUCUGUGCAUGCAAAAAUAACAUUUCUACAAAAAAGCUACUAGAUGCAAUAGAGCUUCAAAAGCGUCAAGAAGAUGAAAGAAUAUCUUUAGGUUUACUUGCUGCACCAAAAAUACAAGACAAGAAGAGACCAGUAUCAUGUCGAAUAAAUUCAUACCAAGACUCUGACCUUCAACUUGCAUUAGUAUUAUCAAAAUCUCUUCAAGAAGCAGAAGAAUUUGAUGAAAUUAGUGAAAAAUUAUCUCAAGCACCAAAUCAGUUUGCAUUAAAAGUACUGGAACCAGUUAAUAAUAAACCAUUGGAAAGGUUUGGAUUUGCAAACAGCAAACCUGUAUCGCUUAUGAAAACUAAAAAAAAAAACUGUAACAGAAUAACUGUUCUUCAAACACGUUCUCAAGAAGACAGAAAUCGAAUCUUAACGGACAGAAUUGCAGAGAUUCUCAUGGGAGAUGAACCAAUUACUCAAAAACAGAAACAAGAAAAUGAAUUUAGCCAAGAAAUUAGAGUGAAAACUGUUCUAAAAAGUUAUUUACUCCAAGAACUGUAUAAUAAGGGUGAAAAAAUAUGGGACAAAGCAAGAUUAACACCAAACCAAAAAUCCUUUUAUGUAUCAAAUCUCUCAAAAUAUAUAAUUCCACAAGAAAAACAAAUAGAAGCAAAAGAAACAGUUGUUAUAAAACGUGCAAAUACAUGCAAAAUGGACAAUAUAAAAUUGAAUCUGAAUAAGAUAGAUACAAGCAGAGACAGGAACAAAUUUUUUGAUAUAUCUCAAACAGAUUUAAAUCUUACAAGUAAAAAUCAUGAGAACUGUGAAGAUAAACAAUUCAUUAGUACUCUUGCAAUAAAUUGGGGAGAUGCAUUGAACGAUAGCUCUGCAAGUGAUAUAAUAAUAUUUGUUAAUAGUGGCAAAUAUAUUUGGGCCCAUAAAUUAGUGUUUUACGUGCGUUGUUCCAACAUACUGUUUGAUAGUAUGCCUAAUGAUACUUCACAAUUUACUGCAAUCAAAGAAAAAAUUUGUUGGCUUGAUACAUCUUACAAUAUUGCCAUAGCAUUUUUGGAAUUUAUUUAUUGUGGAAUCAUUCAAAAGUAUUUGAAUAUUUUUGAAGAUUUGGUAAACUUUUCUUUUUUAAGAAAUUUGGCAAGAAAGUAUAAAGUGAAAGAAUUGUUUGCUUAUUUACAAAUAAAAGAAUCUGAAAUUAAACAAGCAGAGGUUCAAAUGAACAAUAUGAAAAAUAUUGAAUGCGAAGAGACAUUGAUUGUGAGAGAAACAGAUAAUAUAAAAUUAAAUUCGAAUAAUUUAGAAGAUUUAAUCGAUGAUGAAAAAGAUCUCGUAUUAGAUGAAAAAUCAAGUCAGAAAUACUUGGAAGAAUACCUACCAUAUUUUUCCACGCAAAAGAUAAAAGAAAAUACAUGCAGAGAACGAUUGCCUCAAGAAGAACUCGAUUGUCUAAAUAAAAUAAAUAUUAUCCGACAGUGUAAUGCAUCUCCAGAUAUGUUUGAUGAUAAUAAUUAUACAAUGCCAAACUACAAAAAGAAAUGUAGCGAUCAAAUUGUGUACAAAGAAACAAAAACAAAUGAAGAUCUUAGUAUUCUUGAAUCGAUUGAUAAGAUAAAUGAUACCGCCAAUUGUUCUAAGAUUACAAACACUGUCCCAUACAAGAAUGUUGAAGAGUGUAUAAAUUCAUCGUCAAAUACACCUCACCUCAGUAGAUCAAAACAAAGGAAUAUAAAUCAUUCUAAUGUAAUAAAAACAAAGAGUAAUCUGAGUUUAUUUAUUGACCGAUUUCAAAUAGAAAAUGCAAAUUCAGAUUUUGAUACAGAUUCGGAAGUUACAACGAUAUCGGAUUCUCUUAAAUUAAGUAGAAAUCCAUUUAAUACGAAUCAAUAUGACGAUAGUGAUUUAGAUUCUAUAUCAAAUGGAAAUGCUUUUGCAGAAAAAAGAUUGGAGGAAAAGAGAGAUAUUUUGAGUAAGUUUGAUUAUGAUGAUGCAAGUUGUAAAUUAGAUAUAGAUACUACAUCCACAGAAAGUGAUGCUAAUAUGCAUUUGAAUUUUGAGCCAAUAGACAACUUGACGCAAUUGUUGGAACAUAAUGUAGCAAGUUGCACAGAAAAGUAUAUGGAAAGUAACUCUAUAAACAAAAGUGUUUCCAGCAGAGAAAAGAAAAUUCAGAAUGAAAUAACAGCUUCUAUGUCUGAAAAUCUACCGAAGCAAAAUGCAAAUGUUAAAAGUUUAGAUAACAUUGUGACUGGAAAAGCAUGUUUUCUAUCAGAAUACAAUGAAGUUCAAAGCAUUAAUUCUUCCGAUUUCGAUACAGAUGAUGGUGAAGUAUCUAUAUAUACAAGAUAUAAAAAAAAGCAUCAAAAUAAUAGUAUAGUUAAUUAUCGGGAUUAUGUAGCAAAGCAUGUACUAAAUAAUUCGGAAGAAUGCGAAUAUAAAGGAACAAGUAAUAUGGAUAAUGAAGACGUUACUGUAUUGUCUGAUGUAGAUAUAGACAAUAAUUUUUCUAUAAUUACAGAAAAUCAAUAUAUUAAUAAAGCAGAAAAGAAACAAUUGGCCUUUGACAUUGAAGAAUCUGUGCAAACAUCUCAACAUAAUUUACAAAACCGUAAUGACAAAAUUGAUUUUUCUAUUAAUAUUACAUCUCCAAUAAGUACUCAAAGAAAUAUUCAAAAGAUUCGAAAAACUAAUAAUUUAAGCGAAUUAAAAUGUAGCAAUUCAGAGAGUAAUAUAGAUUUGGAUGCAAUAAGAAAUAAUUUGUUAAUAUCAUCAACAAAAUCAAGAACAGAUAGAUGCGAGUCAGUGGGAUCUCCUAUAUUUAUAUCCUCUAGCCCGGAAUUAGAUUUUGAUGCUGUAAAUGUGGAUGUAUGUAAUGAAAACAAAGUAAAUCUCAAUGUUCCAAAUUUUAAUAAAUCUGACGAUAAUAUCGAAUUUUUUGAAAAAGAUAUUUAUUUAGCAAAUGUUUACAAUAAUGAUGAUGAUGAUAAUAAUCGUAAUAAUAAAAAUGAUAGUAGAGAUACUUGUUUGCCAAUUGUUAAUAGAAUAGGCCUGUUAACUGAAUCUCCUUCUCUAAUACGUAAAAAAAGAAAAGGAGAAAUUUCAUUUACUACAACGACUAAUGAAAAUAAUAAAUCGUUCAGAACUAAUGAGUACUUUUUAAAAAAAUUCAAAAAUUCAGAAAGAUCAUUAACCAUGAAACAAAGUAACAGAAAAUUUCAAAGAAAAUCUAUGUCAGAGAACAAUUUGCCCAUUGAUGCAAAAAAUACUAAGAGUAAUGUAUCAAAUCCUUAUGAUAGUUUAAAUCAAUCACAAUGCAAGUGUGCUCGUAAAGGAAUUUUAAAAACAGUUACAUCACCUACAAUUAUCAGAGACAAUGUAACUCCUUCUCCUAAUUAUAAUGGCAUGAAGACACCUGAACUUCAUAGAGAAUUACAGAAAUAUGGAUUGAAAUUACAGAAACGAAAUAAAGCUGUAAAAUUAUUGACAUACAUUUACGACGAGUUACAUCCUAAAAUUUUUACAACACCAAAAAAAAUAGAAUCUGAAUCUGAAUUUGAAGUUAUAAGCAGUGACGACGAAGAACCACCAAGAAAAAAGACAAGUUACGAUAAAAGUGACGUUGGUUGCGUCGAUGAUUAUAAAUAUGAAUUGAAGCUUUCUCAAGAUAGCCCUGAAACUAUAGAAUCAUCAGUAAAUAUAAUCAGCGAUGAAAGAAAAUUUAAUAAAUUCGAACUGACAACUACAACUGAUAAUCCAUCAAAUAUUAAUAAUAUGUUUUCUAAAUUAAUUAAAGUUAAAAGAGAAUUACAUAACAACAUUUUAGCAUACGAACCAUUAUGUAUAGAAUCAUUAUAUUCCAUGUUGAAGGAAGAAGGCUUGAAAUGCAACAUGAAUAUACUCAUGAACUUUUUAGACGAACAGUGUAUUACGUUUUAUUUUCAAGACACAAAACUAAAGAAAAGUAGGAAAAAAUAGAAUUUAACAUAAGCGAAACAAAUGAGAUAGAUAUAUGUAUGUUGAAUGAAUAAUGCAGAUAGAUCCACGUAUAUAUAUAUUCAUUAAUC